CACAGUGAUCGGUGCUCGACGUCUUCCCUCUCCAUUACCUACCAGUUACGAGAAAAAAUGUCUGACGGUGAGGGAUUUUAUUCUUCCGAGGAAGAACUGCCACGGCGUCGUCCCGUGAAGCCUGCAGCGCUGAGCGCCGCGCCGAGCACGUCUACUGCUCCCGCCCCAACUCCAUCCGGCUCAAGGAAGCGGAAGACUAAAGCUUCCGAAUCCGCUUCCGAAAGUAGAGCAGCAAUCAAUAAGGGCAAACAAAAAAUUGACCUGGCGACAUACAAUCGUCGCAAAGCAACUGUGGCGGCGCUGUUCGGUGGGUCGGAUGACGAGGCGGAGGCUGCAGCGGCACUGAACAACCCGAUUCAAGAGCUGGAGAGCAGCUUAACCCGAAAAGUUGGGGAUGGGUCGUUGCGGCGAACCGCAAAAUUAGACGGAAGCCUGUUCUGCGAACUUCGUGUUUACGAAGUUCGCGAUAUUAAAAACAUAUCCCCACGGGACCGGUGGACCAAAGCGUACACCAGUCUUAAGUAUCAAUUCGAUUAUGAUAGUCCGGAAUGGACUAACAUAAUUGAUUUCAUUCGGGUUGCGAAGACCCGAUUUACACAGGAGCCAAUAUACUAUCCGAAUAAGAAGUAAAUCUUAGUUGGAUAGUAUAUGUUUCAGAAAAUCGAAUUAAAGUUAAUCGUCUUUAAAAAUAAAAACUACAAAAUAUGUUUAAAUUAUUAAAUAUUGUUCGUUGCUAAUUUAUUUAAUUUAAAUAUUAAUUAAAUUUUACCUUACAUAUUUUACAGAUACCUAAUAUUUUUUAUCGAUGAUUAACUUUAUUUAGGCUUUCUGAAACCGGCACCUAACUAGGUUAUAGCGGUAUACCAAAUACCUUAUUUUUAACUACUUUAUCUUACUGAAAAUAUAUAAUAAAAUAUAAUAUAACUUAAUAAGUAAAGUGUUAAUUAUUUACUUAUUCAACAAUGGUUAACCCCAGUAAAAAUAUUUUCUGCUCAGUGUGCGAACAAUUAGUAAAAAGUAAAGCCUUUUCAGCUCACUUAAAAAGCAUAGCUCAUAAAAAUAAUACCCGAGUUGAAGCGGAGGAGUGUAUAGAAAAAAUUAAUUCAGCAUUUCGUUCACGAAUUGCUUCGUAUCGAGUGUACGAUUCCCGCAGAACCAAACAUCCCGCCCCCGUGCCCGCAGCCCGCCCCGGGCGUGCGCAAGCGCAGGUGUGUGCUCCUGAAAGCCACCCUGUAAUGCCGGCACCGUUUUUGCGUGUCAUCGCUGGUAAAGUUCAGCGACUAUUGAAUGCGGCUCUUGCUACGCAUCAAAGUGUUAAAAUUAACUUUGAACUAUUUGCAAAUUUUUAUCUACCUAAAAAUGAUACUUCCGAGGUUAAGUCUUUUGCCACUGAAAAUAGGUGCAUCCACAGCAAUUAUGAUUUCAAAACUAUAUUCAAUGAGAUGUGCGACGUAAUUCUAAAAAAAGUUGACGAGUUCCAGGAACGCGAUAGUGGGUGGUCAUUGCUUGAUACACUUUAUUUAGAGGUAAAUAUUAAUAAAUAUAUUCCUCUUCGUGCGUCUGGCUUUAUUGAUCUACCAAAAAGCAUAAAAAGUAAGAAAGCUUGCAUCAAUGUGAACAAUAAUGAUAGUUUUUGUUUUCUUUGGUGCAUAAUGGCAGCUCUUUUUCCGGCGAAAUGUAACGCAAACCGAACAAAAUCAUAUCCACAUUUUUGUACCGUUCUAAAUACGCAUGGAAUGACAUUUCCAGUCAGCUUUACCGACAUAAAAUUAUUUGAAAAAAAUAAUAAAAUUAGUGUCAACGUUUAUGGGUUAAAAAAAUGUAAUGUUGUUGGCCCGCUAUACAAGUCAAGUGCCCGCCAAGCGGUUCACGUAAAUCUUUUAUUGCUUGAAAAUAAGAAUACGUUACAUUAUUGUUUAAUAAAAGAUUUGAAUAAACUCUUACGUUCGCAAUUAACCAAACACCAUGGAAAAGUUUACUUUUGCGAUGAGUGUUUGAUAUGUUUUGAUUCCGAGGAACGAUUGACCUUGCAUAGUUGUGGAGGCGUCGCGACAGUUCUGCCGACUGAAGGCGCAAUACUCGAGUUUAAGCACUACGAACGCUUACAAAAAAUGCCUUUUGUUAUUUAUGCUGAUUUUGAAACUUUGUUGGAGCCGUGUUCAACAAUACCAGAUUCGAAUCAUACACAAAUUACUCACAAGCAUAUACCGAGUGCUUUUUCUUAUUACAUAACUUGUUCAUACGAUAAUAAUUUCAAUAAAUUAAUGUUUUAUCGCGGUAAAGAUUGUGUCGAUAUGUUUAUAAGUUUUCUUCAAAAUGAUAUAACAGAAAUUUAUAAAGUCCUCUCUAGACCUAUAGCACUGGUAAUGACUGACACGGAUCAAUUAAAUUUUGAUACGUCACAUCAAUGCUGUAUAUGUGAGAAACCGUUAGUAGAAGACCGAGUGAGGGAUCACUGUCACUUAACAGGUAAAUACAGAGGAGCAGCGCAUUCGUAUUGUAAUUUGCGCUACAAACUCCCUAAAUUUAUUCCUGUAUUUUUUCACAAUCUGUCUGGGUACGAUAGCCACUUGUUUAUACGACAUUUGGGAUCUAUUCCAGGUAAAAUUAAGGUUAUAGCAAGAAACAAGGAAAACUACAUAUCGUUUACUAAAAUAUUUCAAAUGACAGAUUCAGAAAAUAUUGCUGUGAGAUUUGUUGAUUCCUUUAGCUUUUUGCCUUCUAGUUUGGACAAGCUUUCAAACACUUUAGCUGAUGAACAGUUUAAGCAUUUAAAUCAAAUUUGUAAAAAUAAAUCCGAGUUCAAUCUUCUUAGACGAAAAGGUGUCUAUCCCUACGAUUAUAUGACCACGUGGUCAGCCUAUGAUGAGACAAAACUUCCACCGCAAGAAUUAUUUUUCAAUAAGUUAAACAAUUCAUCGUUAUCAAUCGAUGACUAUAAACAUGCAAAAAAUAUAUGCUGCACAUUUAAUAUAAAUAAUUUAGGAGAAUAUACAGAUUUAUAUGUAAAGACAGACGUGUUGUUAUUAGCAGACGUUUUUGAAAAUUUUCGCACAACAUGUAUAAAAAAUUAUAAGUUAGAUCCGGCUUUUUAUUUGACUUCACCAAGCUAUAGUUUUGACGCUAUGCUUUUAAAAACACGAGUUAAUUUGGAGCUCAUCCAUGACUUAGAAAUUAUUAGGAUGCUUCAAAGUGGUAUUCGUGGUGGUGUGUGUUUGUGUACAACCAGACACGCUAAAGCUAAUAAUAAGUAUCAACAUAGUUAUGACCCAAAACUUCCAUCAAACUUUUUAGUUUACCUUGAUUGUAAUAACCUAUACGGAUAUGCAAUGUGCCAAAGUUUACCUCACUCAGGAUUCAAAAUGUUAAGUAAAUUUGAAAUAGAUGGAUUGAACAUAUUAGAUAUAGCAGAUGAUGCCGCAUAUGGAUAUAUUUUGGAGGUUGAUUUAGAAUAUCCAGAUUAUCUCCAUGACUCUCACAAUGAUUUGCCCUUUUGUGCACAAAAGUUUGCACCACCGGGUUCAGUGUCAAAAAAAUUAAUUCCAAAUUUAUAUGAUAAAUUUCAUUACGUGAUUCAUUACAUACACUUGAAAAAUUGUAUUAAACAUGGUUUAGUACUGAAAAAAAUCCAUAAAGUAAUUAAAUUUAAACAAGGGGCAUAUCUUAAGGACUAUAUGGAUCUAAAUACUAAUCUUAGACAAAAAGCUAAAUCUUCUUUUGAACAAGAUUUAUUUAAGCUCCUUAACAAUAGCAUUUUCGGAAAGACUUUAGAAGAUACCGAAAGAAGAAUUGACAUCAAGUUAGUUACUAAAUGGUCGGAUAACUGCAAUAAAACAAAAAAAAACUACACCGCGGAUAGAUUAAUAUCAAGACCUAAUUUUAAAAAUUGCACUAUAUUUACAGAAAAUUUUGUAGCUGUUCAAAUGAAACCAGAGAGAGUUAUAUUAGAUAAACCAAUUUAUAUUGGGUUUUCGGUGUUGGAAAUAUCUAAAAGUCAUUUAUACACUUUUCAUUAUUCUAUUUUGAAACCAUUUUACGGUGAAAGACUAAGAUUGUGUUAUACCGAUACAGAUAGUCUUCUUUACUCGAUUAAAACGGACGACUUUUAUUCAGAUGUAAAAUAUAAUUUUCUAGAAUAUUUUGACACCAGUAAUUAUUCAAUUGAUAAUACUUACAAUGUACCACAGUUAAAUAAAAAAGUUCCUGGAUUAUUUAAAGAUGAACUAGGAGGAAAAAUACUUUCAGAAUUUGUUGGAUUACGUUCGAAACUGUAUUGUAUUAAGACUGAGGACGCUGAAAUAAAGAAAGCAAAAGGCGCUAAGAAAUGCGUGGUAAAAGAUUUAUGUCUAAAUGAUUAUAAUAAUGUUUUGCUUGGUAAAAUACAAUUGCGAAAAAAACAAAUACUUUUUAAAUCAUUGAAGCAUCAAAUUUUUACUCAAGAAGUAAAAAAAAUUGUGUUGUCCCAUGAUGAUGAUAAAAAAUUUAUUCUAAAAGAUAAAAUAUCAACAUUGUCUUGGGGACAUUAUUCCAUUAUUUGAAUUAUCGAGAAUGACUGGUAUAUUGAUAUCACAUUAUGUUCAUCCAAAUAGUAUUACUAUCAUCACUUGUCUGUCAGAAGACGCUGAUUUUUAUCCACAACUUCAGUUUCGAAAUGAAAAUGAAUCAUUAUUUAUGUGUUAUUCUGAGUGGCAAAAAAUUUAUAAAUCAAUUAAAGAGAAACAACUAUGUAACAAUAAACAGUAUUUUAAUUUUCCCUUUUAUACUUUUCUACACUGUGAUAAACGUUGUUCAGAUGAAUUUGUAAUUUUACUGGUAGAUGCUUUAAAAUUGUUUGCGCACUGUGUAGACGCGAGACUUAAGAUGUUACACUAUGAACGCAUAAAAGCAUAUAAAUUUAUUUUGAAGAUUGAAUGUAUUUUUGAAAAAUGUUAUAUACCGAUAGAAAAUAUUUCUAGUGUUUUAUAUUAUUAUGCUGAUAGUUUAUCUCUUGUGGAAAUGGAACUUGUGACACUGUGUAUUGAUUAUUUCACUAAAUGCUAUUUACGUUUUCAAUUGUAGGUACCUAUGUAAUACUAACCAAUAAGAUAAGUAAGUAGUAUAAGUUAAAGCUAAGGUAAAGUUAUUUUUACCUUAUAAUAUAAUAAAUAAAGUUAAUAUUUAAUA